AUGGUUGACUCAGGCGCAUUGAAAGCUGCGGUCACACUACGUAAACCUGAGGAGAUAACUCGUCGGCAGCAUGCACAGCAAGAUGAAAGUACCUGGUUGGCACGGAGGAGUGUGAACGGCGGCAAUGUGAUCAUGAGCGGCGUUAGUUUCAGAGACAUGCUUCGCCACUUGAGAAGACGGGGGUUUUCAGGGAGGGUCGACUCGGGCGCCAUUGAGGGACGAGUGCGUACGGUUCGGAAGAGGGCCUUGAAGGGCCGGCCUGAACGCAUCCUGUACACUUCUAUCAACCUUCCCGACGCGCUCUUAACUUUCUCCCGCCGCCCACACCUCGGCGCCCGUAAAGCCAUCCUCACCAGGCCCACCCAAACAAGCUUCCAAGCAGACGACCUCACCCGCCGCACCCACGAGGCGAAUGUCUGUAAAGAAGGCUGGCACGCAGGUGGAUAUAAACUCAGCCCAUCAGGUCUUCCGCUGCGAUAA